CCUCUGUUCUCUKUUGACUUAAGAAGCUGACAAGUAGGAGCCUCUCGAUGUGAAGUGGGCUCCCAGCGGACAAAGAAAGCCCACACAGACUGCUGGGAGGAGGACGAGAAGGUGGAGGCGGAGGAGGGGGCCGACUGAGAGCCUGCAUUCACCCAACUCCACCGGCGUGUCUUAAGUUACCGCUCACACAUAUAUUAGUGCCUCUUUGUCAGAGAGUCCAGCAGGGUGUUGGGAGCGGAUCUGCUGCUAAUAACUAACAGAACAUGGGCUAAAAAUGACGAGAAGUCAGGAGCUCCAAGUGUGAUUUCUGAUCGAACAAAAACAAAUAAUACAGAUUUGUGGUUGAACCGUGCAAGAAAAACAUAAAGAUGCUUUGAUUUUUUUUUUUAAUUUUAGCCUAAGCUCUUGUAAAUGUGCAUGGCGUGUGUAACGAUGARGCUGUGGUGUUAAUGCAGGUGGAGGGUUUGUUCCGAGUCAACGGAAACAUUAAAACCAACAACGUUUCCGUCAAACCUGAGAGUCCAGAAAGGGAAUCCCCUCCACAUUUCCAGGCGUCUCCUUCCACGCAUACGAACAGCACCGUGGAUMCUCCUCCUUCUCCUCCUCCUCCUCCUCAUCCUUCAGAAGCUGCGCUGAUUUCACACACCUGCUCUGAAAGAGGAAGUUCGGGGUCAGCGAAGGCCGAYGACACACAAAGCAGCACAGAGGCAGCUUUUGAAAACGUCCAGGAGGAAACGAUCACAGAGCACACGGCACCGCCCAGCCGGCCCACUUCUCUUCCAGAAGAGCUGCAGAAGCCAGAAGAAACUUUUAGGAAGACUGGAAGCCAAGAUGAUGCUGCAGAGGAUGAAGGAAAGUCAAAAACUGCUGCUCAAAUGUCGCCCCCUGUAGGAGCCAAACAAGAACAAGAAGGUGCUGAAAAUCUUCCCAACCUCGUUCCAUCCGAGGCCAAAGCGCUGAAAAAUGAGCCGACCYCCUCUGCGGCAGGAGRCUCCUCCUCUCAGGAGUCUUUACUGAAAACAAAGACGAACUCAGCUGCGCCGAAGUCGUUUGGAGAUCAGCCUCCGCUGGAACAAARGGAUGUUGAAAUCAGUGUCAGGUCUCCACAGAGCUCUAGCAGCCCUCAAGCACGCUGGGAAUUCUUCACUUUGCCAG